GGUCUUUCUCUUUCCCGCACCACUUUGUUCAUCCCCAAUCCCAAGUUCUCAACCAAAAUUUGGGGUUUAGGGUUUUCUCCCUUCUCUGCAAUCCAAUUCUCCAUUCGUCCCUCACUCCCACACUCACUCUCUCUCCCCACACCAAGACAAUGAUGUACAAUGAUCCCCAGCACCAACACCAGCACCAACACCAGCACCAGUACCAACAGCAACAACAGCAGCAACAUUUUCACCAUCAGCCACCGGGCCCGGAGUUCCACCGUGGACCGCCGCCGCCGUCGCAGCCGCCGCCAGUGAUGCGCCAGCCUUCCGCUUCGUCAACCAAUCUCGCUCCCGAGUUUCACCAUCUCGGUCCCGGAGGCCCUCCUCCUCCUCAUUACGAUGUUCACAGUGACAGCCAUGGUGCAAAAAGAAUACGGAAACUCACUCAAAGAAAGGCAGUUGAUUAUACAAGCACAGUUGUGCGAUAUAUGCAGAUUCGUAUGUGGCAGCGGGAUUCAAGGGAUAGAACAGUACUGCAACCUACCCCAGCAGCAGCAAUUGAUAUGUUGCCAGCAGUUGGCUAUCCAGACAAUCCAUCCACAAGCUUUGCUGCUAAAUUUGUUCAUACAUCUCUAAAUAAAAAUCGUUGUCCUAUUAAUCGGGUUCUUUGGACUCCAACAGGCCGGCGUCUUAUUACUGGCUCACAGACUGGGGAAUUCACUCUUUGGAAUGGACAGUCUUUUAAUUUUGAAAUGAUUCUUCAGGCUCAUGACCAAGCAAUCAGAUCCAUGGUCUGGAGUCACAAUGACAACUGGAUGGUUUCUGGUGAUGAUGGAGGCGCAAUAAAGUAUUGGCAGAACAACAUGAAUAAUGUUAAAGCCAACAAAUCUGCUCAUAAAGAAUCAGUCCGUGACUUAAGUUUCUGUAGGACAGAUUUGAAGUUCUGUUCAUGUUCUGAUGAUACCACAGUUAAAGUUUGGGACUUUGCACGCUGUCAAGAAGAGUGUUCAUUAACUGGCCAUGGUUGGGAUGUGAAGAGUGUUGAUUGGCAUCCUACAAAAUCCCUAUUAGUAUCAGGUGGGAAGGACAAUCUUGUGAAACUUUGGGAUGCUAAAACAGGGAGAGAGCUUUGCUCAUUUCAUGGCCACAAAAAUACUGUGCUCUGUGUCAAAUGGAAUCAAAAUGGCAACUGGGUGUUAACAGCUUCAAAGGAUCAGAUAAUAAAGCUUUAUGACAUAAGAGCUAUGAAGGAGCUUGAAUCAUUCCGUGGACAUCGCAAAGAUGUUACUGCUUUGGCAUGGCAUCCAUUCCAUGAAGAGUACUUUGUCAGUGGGAGUUAUGACGGUUCCAUCUUCCAUUGGCUUGUUGGGCAUGAAACUCCACAAAUUGAGAUUUCCAAUGCUCAUGAUAACAAUGUGUGGGAUCUUGCAUGGCAUCCUAUUGGAUACCUUCUAUGCAGUGGCAGCAGUGACCAUACAACAAAGUUUUGGUGCCGAAACAGGCCAGGAGACACUGCUCGUGAUAGAUUUAACACUGGCAUGCAAGGAUAUGCUGACCAAAAUCCUGUUGCUGGUCGUGUGGGUGGUAAUUUUCCGAUAGCUGAAGGCCCAACAACUCCAGGACCAUUUGCCCCUGGUUUGACUCGAAAUGAGGGUACCAUUCCAGGUGUUGGAGUUGCAAUGCCCUUGUCUAUCCCUUCUCUUGACAUGUCUCAAGGGGAGCAGAAGCAGCCGCUUCCUGUUUCCAUGGGUGCUCCUCCUCUUCCCCCAGGUCCACAUCCCUCUCUUCUUACUGCCAACCAACAGCAACCAUACCAGCAGAAUCCUCAGCAGAUACCACAACAUCAACACCAAGCUCUACCGCAACAGAUGGGUCCUUUGCCUAUACCUCCAAAUAUGCCACAGCUACAGCACCCUUCCCAUUCACCCUUGGUCCCUCAUCAACAUUUGCCUCGCCCACCACCCCAGAUGCCUAUUGGAAUGCCAGGAUCUCUACCAGUGCCUACAUCACAUCCAAUGCCAAUGCCAGGUCCAAUGGGGAUGCAGGGGGCAAUGAAUCAGAUGGGUACUCCAAUGCCACAAGGUCCUUAUGUGGGCAUGAAUCAAAUGCAUUCAGGAUCCUUGCCCACAAGUGGAGGCCCACCACUUGGUGGUUUUCCGAGCAACUUGCCUAAUAUGCAAGGGCCGUCAAAUACCAAUUAUCCUCAAGGUGGUUCAUUCAACAGACCUCAAGGUGGCCAAAUGCCUUUGAUGCAAGGGUAUAAUCCUUACCAGUCUGGAAAUCAGUCUGGGAUUCCUCCAAGUGCACAGCCAGGGGCUUCACACUCUCAAAUGCCUCAAUAGAAAAGGAAAUUGCUUUCUUCCUUUAUAGUUGUAAUUUAAUCUCUUUUGAUUUCGGUCCCUUUCUAUUAAAUUCUUAUCUUGAUUUGCCGCAGAAGUUUCACAUAAAUUGUGUUCUUUUCUCGUGCUGCUAAUUAUUUGUACUUUUUUCUCCCCUUUUGGUGUGAAUGAUUUCUUUUUUUAGUUGAGGUUUACGGUUAGGUUGGCAAGACAUUAUUUACAUUAGCAAUAAUAUGUUCUACAGGACGACUCCUAAAGUGAAAUUAUUUUAAAAAUGAUUAAGGGUGUAUCUUCAUUUAAGUGGAUCGUGAUAUCAAUUUAUAAAAUCUUAGAAG